CCCCAGCACUCAGCCAGGGACUCGGCACAGCCGUCUGGCUCCUUUUAUGCACAACAAAACCGUGAUGAAGGCAGGAGGAGGCAGAGAGCUAUUCAUUUCAGGAAGUCCCAGUAUCCGGUGAGAAAUAAGAAAGACGGCGGCCACAGGAUGCGCCUUGGGUCAGGGGGACGUGCAAAGCCCACAGCCUUUGUGUCCUCUCGGUGCCAGAGCAGCUGUGGCUGAGCUCCGGGCUCCUCCGACCCCGCGCUGCUGGGAGCUGAGAGAAGGGACGGCAUGGCCACCUCCAGCCGCCAGAUGCUGCUGCUGCUGCUGCUUCUGGGUCAGGCAGGGGCCCCGGCCGCGGAAGAGGCCGUGGUCUGUGUGGGAAAAGCCUGCUACACGGCCCACUGGGGCAAGGUGAGUGCGGCCGAGGCCCAGUUGAACUGCAGCGCCAACGGGGGCAACCUGGCCACGGUGAAGUCCGAGGAGGAGGCCCGGCACAUCCAGGACGUCCUGGCGCAGCUACUGAAGCCCCAGGAGUCUCCGGCAACCCGGAUGGGCAAGUUCUGGAUUGGGCUGCAGCGGGAGAAGGGCAAAUGCCUGGAACCCAGCCUGCCGCUGAAGGGCUUCAGCUGGGUGGACGGUGGGGAGCACACGCCAUAUGCCAACUGGUACAAGGAGGGCAAGAACACGUGCAUCUCCAAGCGCUGUGUGGCCCUUCAGCUCGACCUGUCCUUGCCGCCCCUCCCCGACCGCCUCCCCAGGUGGUCCGAAGGCCCGUGUGGGAGCCCGGGGGCCCCAGUGAGCAACGUGGAGGGCUUCGUGUGCAAGUUCAGCUUCAAGGGCAUGUGCCGGCCCUUGGCCCUGGGGGGUCCCGGGCAGGUGACUUACACCACCCCCUUUCUGGCCACCAGCUCCUCCCUCGGGGCCGUGCCCUUUGCCUCUACGGCUGAUGUGGCUUGCGGGGCCGAGGGCAAGGAGAGGGCACACUACUUCUUGUGCAAGGACAAACAGCCCGGCCUGUUUGAGUGGGACAGCUCCGGACCCCUUUGCGUCAGCCCGGAGCACGGCUGCAAUUUCAACAACGGGGGCUGCCAGCAGGACUGCUUCGAGGGGGGGGACGGCUCCUUCCGCUGCGGCUGCCGCCCAGGGUUCCGGCUCCUGGACGAUCUGGUGAGCUGCGCCUCUCGGAACCCCUGCAGCUCCGGGCCGUGCCGAGGGUUGGCCACAUGUGUCCCCAGCCCGGACAGGAAGAGCCACACCUGCCACUGUCCCCCAGGCUACCAACUGGACCCGAGCGGGAUGGACUGCGAGGACGUCGACGAGUGCCUGGACGCCCCCUGCCCCCAAGAGUGCGUCAACACCCCGGGGAGCUUCAGCUGCGAGUGCUGGGUGGGCUACGAGCCCAGCGGCCCUGGAGACGGACAGGCGGCGUGUCUUGACGUGGACGAGUGCGCCCGGGACCGCUCCCCGUGCGCCCAGGACUGCUCCAACACUCACGGCUCCUUCCGCUGCUCCUGUGCAGCGGGCUAUGUCGUGGCAGGGGAGGACGGCACGCAGUGCCAGGACGUGGACGAGUGCCGUGACCCGGAGAAGAGCCCCUGUGAGCGCCUUUGCUACAAUGUGCCAGGCUCCUUCCGCUGCGACUGCCUGCCGGGCUGGCAGCUGGCCCCCGACGGGGUCUCCUGCACCUUCCGCUCCACGUCCCUGGGACCCCCAGCUGGGCCUCCCACAGGAGAGGCUGAGGGAGAUGGAGAGGGGGGCCCUGCGCCUUCCGCCACAACACCCAGUCCCACCCAGGCCCCCGAGGGUACCUCCGCAGUGGCACCCAUCAACAGAAAACCCUCUCUGCCCUCUCACGUGUCCAUCACCCAUGCCCUGCUGCCCCAGACCCUGGCACCUAGCGAGACCCCCAGCGUCAGGCUGGAGCCUGCCACCAGCCACCCCACAGCCACAGCCGGCCGCGGUGGGUCUGCCCCUGGGACUUCUGCAGAUGACGAUUCUGUGGCCCAACAAAGCGACAGCAGCACUGAUGGGCAGAAAUUGCUUUUGUUCUACAUCCUGGGCACUGUGGUGGCUAUUCUCGUCAUGCUGGCCCUGGCUCUAGGGCUGCUGGUCUACCGCAAGCGGAAAGCCAAGAAAGAGGAGGUGAAGGAGAAGAAACCCCAGAGUGCAGCGGACAGUUACUCCUGGGUUCCGGAGAGAGCUGAGAGAAGGGCCAUGGAGAACCAGUACAGUCCAACGCCUGGGACAGACUGCUGAAGGUGAGGUGAUCCCAGAGGCACCCACCGCCGGCUGCCACAGUCCUCAGAGCUUGCAACACCCCAUCCGCGGGGAAGUCUCCCAGCCUUCCCAACGAUCGGACUGGCAACAGUUGUUUGUAAACCUUCUCCUUAAAAGACUGGCAGCUUGAAGCUUGCAGGUAUUUUUCGUUUGUGUGACAUUCCUAAAAUGGAAGCGAAGUGUAGCUGUAAUUGCAGGAAUUUUGUGAACAUUAACAAUUCUCACUCACUCUCCCUUUUCAAAUUCAAAUGUGACUGAUUUCGUGUUUCCCCGAGGACUCAAUCAAGAUGUUACAAGUCAGGUGCUAUCCAGCUCCGUUUGAACUCCUUCUCUGUUGACUUCAGUCAUCUGAAGAAGAAAACUCAGUCUGCUGAUCAGGAUUAAAAUGAUUUGUUCUUCUUUGUAUCAGAGAAAUGAAUUAAUUGUUUAAUUAUGUAAGGUCUUUUUUUUUUGUCAAAGGGAAUAUAUUCAGGACUGGAAAAAUUUCUUUAUAUUUACAUUUAUGCAUAUUCUCUUCACAAGUCCUCCUGGGUUUGAUAUGAUUGGAAUCCUCCAGAAUAAUCAGAAGGAAAAUUCAUCACUUAGGUAGCAAGGAGGCAGGGAAUCUUAAGAUUCUAAUAGUCUUGGGGUUUUUUUUUUUCGGUAAAUAAAGUUUGAAAAAACUGAGAAAAGUUGUUUGAGUGAGUUAAAGGUAUUUUUGAAAACACUAAGUGCUCUAGAGAGCGGACAGGGAUUUGUUUCACAAAAGCUUAAAUUAUUUAUCUAAAUGAACACUAAAUAAGGGGGGAAAAAAAGUCCAGGACAAUUUGUCCUUGAGCCAGAGCAGACAGCAAGAUGCUACCACCUGUUUCCCUGUCACCUGUCACACUGCUCUAGAUUGGGAUUCUGUAAUGGUAGAUAGUGGAAGCGAGUGCUGAACAUUCCUUCAUUCCAAUUGUUUUCGAAAGGAUGUGUGACAGACUUGAUAGGCUGUUCUGUGGAAGCUGUCAUUGUAAAGCAUUUUAGCACAGCUCAGGGGCAAUAUUGAACCACGAGAAUGUUGAAUCCUAUUCAUGGGGGAUUUUAUUAGUGUUGCUUGAGGACUCUCUCUUUCCUUAAAAGAAAAAAAGAGAGAAGGGAGAGAGGGAGAGAGAAACUAAACUCUCUGUGACAACAAAAACUGUCCAAAGCAAUUUUAAUCUCAAAUCCUCAUUUUCAAAUGCACGUUUGCAAAGAUUGCCUCUUGCAAUGGGUGGUAUGGUGGAUAGUGAGUCUUUCGCUGCCUAGUCUUUUUCUGGGGUCAUGAGACAGAAGCCCCGAGAUUUCAUUGAAUAUCAGAGCCUUUAUAAGUUGCCUUAGGAGCAAGUGGGGGACCUCAGGUUCCCUGGGGACCUCUUGUUGAGCCCGUGUAGGAGAGCAGACAAAGGGAGUCUGCCUUCAAGUUCCAAGCAUUCCAAAGUUUUUACCUCUAAGAAGAGGACGCCCUAAUGUUUCUGGGCUUGCCUUUGAAACACAUGUGUCCCAGAGGUGAAAACCUGAGAGGGUGCGUGGCCUUAAGAAUUAAAUAAAUAUCUUUUUUUGUCAAGUUUGAAACAUUCAUGUUUGAGCUCAAAUUUUUUUUUUAGAGAAAAUGGAAAGCUGUGAGAGGAUGAAAAGGAAAGAAUGAAGUUUUGCGGGCCUUCUCAGGGUGUUUACAACCUUUGCUUUUUAAAGUCAUCUAAUAUUCCAUUUGCAGUUGGAGCACUGGGGGUUUAACACUUAAGUGGGAGGCAGACUGUCCUUUGGGCAAAACUCUUUUGCCCACAGGGCUCUCAAAUGGAGACUGGAGUCCAUUGUGUGGGAAUCAACCAUUUGACUAUUCAGAUGGUCUUUAAAACUUCACCAGGCACAACAUCUCUACUUAAGUGAGAAUAAAUGCAAAUUCAUGCCCUUUACUUUCAGACCUUUUAAAAUUCUUGCUUAGGAUGAUGAGAGAAGUGUCUGUUCUGGGUUUCCCAUUGGGCCCUUCCACGGCCGGCAGAAGCUCUGGCUGACUUAGGAUGAUCGUGUGCAAAUGCUGGGGGGUAUUGAAUUCAUGGAGGUGCCAAUUUGAGGCAGGCUAGAAUAGGGCACUCUAGGCAAGCCAGGGGGCUUCUGUCAGUUCAGAUGGAGGGUCAGCAUCAAGCCAUAGACAGCCAGAGGGAGAGCAAGAUGGAGGGGCUGAGCCAAAGCAGGACCAAACCCUACCAGCUGAGAUAGACAGGUGGAGGGAUAAAGGAAGGGUUGAGCAAAAGGAGGACAAAGCCCUACUUCUCAGAACCAGCUGAGACAGGUGCAGGGAAAAGGAGGGGUUAAGCCAGGUUUGGGGGAGAAUGAUAAUCUCCACCCCCAACCCUGUCCUAAAGCAUAGCAACAGGCUAACAUAUAAAACUGGACAUAGCUCAACCCGGUGCAUCCCCUCUCUUGGGCUCACUGGUGCUGAUCUCUCAAGUGUGUGUUCCUUCUUGUCAAUCUUUGCUAUUCCCCAUGUGUUCUGGCUUUUCAAAUAAAACUUUACUGCUUGCUACUA